UUAUUUAUUUAUUUAUUUAUUAUUAUUUUUUUUCCCUUCCCUGCGAUUUUACAAAAAGGGUUGUGCGACUGUCCCCAUCUUAAGGGGAAGUUGAAAGUGAAGGGGGAGGGGGGCUCUAUGAGAAACGCUGCCUGGUGUGUAGAGUUACACAUUUCCGGAGCACACUGCAGAUUAUAUAUUGGCAUCUCUUCCCAAAAGUCACUUUGAUGCAACUUCGAUGAGUUUCUCGUAAAUGGCAGCAUUUACGUGGUGAGAGGCGAGAGGAAACGGGCUGAUUUGCGCUCCGGUGGGAUUCUCAGCCAGCAGCGUGCCUGACUUUUGAACCCCAGAGUGGGUCGUUUAUCGAGUAUGAAGUUAUUUCCCAAUUUUCCUGCUCCCUAAGUAUCCUGCCUCUUCAUAUCCGGAUUGAAGCAGUUAUGUAGGAUGGGUUUCGUUGUUUCGGUUUCCUUACUCCUGCUGGGUCCCUUCUCCCUGCUUUCUCCGUUCUCUCGGGGAGGGAGAGUUGUAAAUGCUAAUGUAUGAGCGUGAAGUGUGCUGAACCUCUAGCUAGACAUCAGCAUGUGUAAAAGUUUAUUCAUAUGCGGGAGGUGAGGACUUCAGUAAUGCUCUUCAACAGUGCUCUCAAGAAUUAGUGGGUUUGACUUGGCACCGAAGGCACAAAAUUUGAGUGGAGAUUCUGAGCUAUAACUUGCCCUCUCCCAGGAUGGGACACCUCCCGGGCUUUGAAAUAAUAAUGCCCUAAGCCAUGCCUGUGCUUUGGCAGCAGACUCUGUUCAUUUUCAUGAUUUUGAAGGGAGAGAAGACGCUGUAACCAAAAGAAUUACCUCAAAUGUUAAGUACUACCAACUAUACUUUGAAAGUGCCCAUUAUUGUCUGUAUAUCCCAAGUGGCAUUUUGGUAGAGACCCAUAUUGUUUAAAAGGUGAUUGUCAAGUGUUGAAAGGAUAUCCUUUUAAAGGUACUUGUUACAUGGACUUCGCGCCAUAAUACUGAUUUUGAAACAGUAUCUAGUGACUUAAAAGAAUCUUUAAUGUGUAUCAGAAAGUAUCACUGUCCCUUGUAAUUGUUAAAUUUAAAUGAAACCUUUUAACAGUUACUCAUAGACAAAAGUUCUGACCAAGUGCUGUUAUGGGUUCACUUUGUAACUUGUAAUUUUGUGGAACAGUUUUAGAAAUUUUCUGAAGUAGUAAGACCAGGAGAGAUUGAAAAGACUUUUAAGUUCGAGGUGCAUCUGAAAAAUACACUUUUGAAAGUUCGUGAUUCAAGUGGUAGAAAACACAUAAAAAUAUGGGUCUUUAUGAACUUCAAAAAUAUGCUUUGUAAACCAUGUAAUUCAAUUCACAGUUGCAAUGACACAGGUGUAAGUGAUGAAUAUUUCAGAAUUUUUAAAUUGAUUCUUCAUGUCAUGUAGUGAGAGAACAUCUUUUGGUAAAUGUUAGAAGUGAAGUGGUCUUCUUUGCAUGUAAUCAAUUCUACCAACAUGUUUAUGAAUGUUAAAGUAGGAAGGACUCAAGAUCUAUCCCUUACUAAUGUUUCUUUCUUUUCUAGGGAGAUUUCUGUGGACAGAAAGAAGUAGCAGAUUUUAAACUAUAACAAAGCUUUAUUUAAGCUAUAACAAGACUGAUUUGCACUUUGAACUUAAAUGACCUUAGAUUUGCCGAUUUACUCAAGUCAUUUGAUUCCUGAUUUCUUUGAGAGUAUGAAAGUCUAGAUUCAUGUAAUCAUUGCCGUAAUCAAGACACACUGCAAAAAUCUUCCCUUUGCUGUUCCUUUAUCCUGACAUCCUAAUUCCUGACAACCACUAUUUUCAAACUGCAGUUUCGUCAUUUUGGGAAUGUUACAGAGAAGAGACAUAGGAAAACAACACAGGCUUGGGGUCCCAAGCAUGGCUUCUACAGGAGAUAGACCUACGAGGAAAUAAGUGACGCAGCCAGCCGGUGGGUGCUUUGAAAGUAUGUGUCCAAUGACAAGAGACAGCUAUGGCACAGCAUCAGCUAGUUUUCCCCAUGUAACAGUGUGCACUUCUCUUUGUUUAAGAUCUGAACAAAAUUAAGAAGAGAUUCCAUAAUCACAGCAGAUGAAGAUUCACUGGUAAAACAAUCAAGAUUUUUGGCUUACCCUCCAAAGAAAAGGUUGCUUUUCACUUUUUUGAAGGACUUUGGAGCACAAAACUUGAAUAAUUUUGAUGAAGUCCAGUUUAUCUAUUUGAUUCUGAUAUGUAAGAAAUACCUCACUAACCACCCACUUGUGAUUGCUGCUCUGCUACCACUGCCCCCAGAAACCAUUUGGAAAAAUCCUUAUAUUCUGGAAAACAGCAAAGGAGCGGAAAGAAUGUCGGAGCGGGCCGCGGAUGACGUCAGGGGGGAGCCGCGCCGAGCGGCGGCGGCGGCGGGCGGAGCAGCGGCCGCGGCCGCCCGGCAGCAGCAGCAACAGCAGCCUCCGCAGCCCCAGCGGCCGGCGCCGCGGCGCCUCCGGCCCGAGGACGGCGGCCCCGGCGCCGCUUCCACCUCGGCCGCCGCCGCAAUGGCGACCGUCGGGGAGCGCAGGCCCCUGCCCAGUCCCGAAGCGAUGCUGGGACAGUCGUGGAAUCUGUGGGUCGAGGCUUCCAAACUUCCUGGAAAGGACGGGACGGAAUUGGACGAAAGUUUCAAGGAGUUUGGGAAAAACCGCGAAGUCAUGGGACUCUGUCGUGAAGACAUGCCAAUAUUUGGUCUCUGUCCAGCCCACGAUGAUUUCUACCUGGUGGUGUGUAACGACUGUAAUCAGGUUGUCAAACCGCAGGCAUUUCAAUCACAUUAUGAAAGAAGACAUAGCUCAUCCAGCAAGCCUUCACUGGUUGUUCCUCCCACGUCAGUAUUUUCCUUCUUCCCUUCUCUGUCCAAAAGCAAAGGAGGCAGUGGCAGUGGAAGCAGCCGUUCUUCCAGUGGAGGGGUUCUAAGUGCAUCCUCAUUAAGUUCCAAGUUGUUGAAAUCGCCCAAAGAGAAACUGCAGCUCAGGGGGAACAACAGGCCAAUGCAUCACAUUCAUCAAAAUAGAGUCUCCCAUAGUAGAAUCAUGACACCUUCUGUCAAAGUGGAAAAGAUUCAUCCGAAGAUGGAUGGCACACUACUGAAAUCUACGGUGGGGCCAACCUGUCCUGCUACUGUGAGUUCCUCAGUCAAGCCUGGCCUUAACUGCCCCUCAAUACCAAAGCCAACCUUGCCUUCACCUGGACAGAUUCUGAAUGGCAAAGGGCUUCCUGCACCACCCACUCUGGAAAAGAAACCUGAAGAUAAUUCCAAUAACAGGAAAUUUUUAAAUAAGAGAUUAUCAGAAAGAGAGUUUGAUCCUGACAUACACUGUGGGGUCAUCGAUCUCGAUACCAAGAAGCCCUGUACUCGGUCUUUGACAUGCAAGACACAUUCCUUAGCCCAGCGGAGGGCUGUCCAGGGUAGAAGAAAACGAUUUGAUGUGUUAUUAGCCGAGCACAAAAACAAAACCAGGGAAAAGGAAUCGAUUCGCCAUCUGGACUCUCAGCAACCAACACAGCUUCUCAGGGACUCGCAUCCCGCCCCUCCUAGAACUUCACAGGAGCCACACCAAAACUCUCAUGGAGUGAUUCCUUCUGAAUCAAAGCCUUUCGUAGCUAGUAAACCUAAACCUCACACCCCCAGUCUUCCAAGGCCUCCAGGCUGCCCUGCUCAGCAAGGUGGGAGUGCCCCCAUUGACCCUCCUCCAGUCCAUGAAUCUCCACACCCUCCCCUGCCUGCCACUGAGCCAGCUUCUCGGUUAUCCAGUGAGGAGGGAGAAGGCGAUGACAAAGAAGAGUCUGUUGAAAAACUGGACUGUCAUUAUUCAGGUCAUCAUCCUCAGCCAGCAUCUUUUUGCACAUUCGGGAGCCGGCAAAUUGGAAGAGGCUAUUACGUGUUUGACACCAGGUGGAACCGGCUUCGCUGCGCCCUCAACCUCAUGGUGGAGAAGCAUCUGAAUGCGCAGCUGUGGAAGAAAAUCCCACCAGUGCCCAGCACCACAUCACCAGUCUCCACCCGUGUUCCUCACCGGACAAACUCUGUGCCGACAUCACAAUGUGGGGUCAGCUAUAUGGCAGCAGCCACUGUGUCUGCACCCCCAGUACUGCUCUCAUCCACCUGUAUCUCCCCAAAUAACAAAUCGGUACCAGCGCAUGGAACCACAUUAAAUGCACAGCCUGCCGUGUGUGGGGCAAUGGAUCCUGUGUGCAGUAUGCAAUCCAGACAAGUGUCCUCUUCAUCCUCAUCCCCUUCCACGCCCUCUGGCCUUUCCUCAGUGCCCUCCUCCCCUAUGUCCAGAAAACCUCAGAAAUUGAAAUCCAGCAAGUCUUUAAGGCCCAAGGAGUCUUCUGGUAGCAGCACUAACUGUCACAACGCCAGUAGCAGUACCAGUGGCGGCUCAGGAAAGAAACGCAAAAACAAUUCCCCUCAGUUAAUUCACUCUUCUUCCUCAUCCUCAUCCUCCUCUUCUUCUUCUCAUUCCAUGGAGUCCUUUAGGAAAAACUGUGUGGCUCAUUCUGGGCCCCACUACACCUCAACGGUAACAUCUUCCCACGGCAUCGGCCUCAACUGUGUGGCAACAAAAACGAACUCGGUGAGUGUCCGGCACGACCAGUCAGGGAGGGGCCCCCCCGGCGGGAGUCCUGCUGAAUCCAUCAAGAGGAUGAGUGUGAUGAUGAACAGCAGUGAUUCCACACUUUCUCUUGGCCCGUUUAUUCACCAGUCCAACGAACUGCCUGUCAACUCCCAUGGCAGUUUUUCAUAUACACACACUCCUCUAGACAAACUCAUAGGAAAGAAAAGGAAGUGCUCGCCCGGUUCAAGCAGCGUUAACAACAGCAGCAGCAGCAGCAGCAGCAAACCCACCAAGGUUGCCAAAUUGCCAGCCAUGAAUAAUGUCCACGUGAAACACUCGGGUACCAGCCCCGGGGCACAAGGACUGACGAAUAGUACCCUCCUCCAUCAGCCAAAGGCACGUCCCUGACAGCUGAAAAAAACAUGGGGAGGAAUAAUCUGGACACUUUGGCGACAAGUUACACCUCCACUCAGCAAUCUGGACUCCACGAUGCCUUUGAGUCUGUUUUCCCAACCUCCUGUGGGCCUCAAGGGUAGAAAUCUGCCGGGCUGUUGUUUAACAAGGAUUUCCCUGAAGCUAUGUCUGUAGCAGUGAGUACUUGUAAAGGACACUGGAUCAAGUUCAGCCACCGAAUUGCUUAUCAGUGUUAAAGUGGUCUGGACUGCUUGCUACCAAUCUGUGAGAAGCUUUGGUUUUGCUUUUUAACUUGCAGUAUAUCAUGGAGCCACUCUGAGUAGAUUGGCUGGGUGAAAGAAUGUUUUGGCAGGAAAAUUACUUUAGACUUUGUUCCUACUCUCCCUGCCCCAAUUCCUUUUUAUGCUGUCUUCUGUAGGUCUCUAGGCACCUUAACUGAAAACAUCUUCCAGAUGAGAGACAGAGCUGUCCACUGAGCAAGCCUCCGGAGAAGGGGAUCUGAUGUUAGGUUUUUAUAGGGAUGUUGUACAAAUGGAAUAGGGAUGUUAGGGGCAUGACACCAUGACAAAAUAGCCUGUAUUUUUGCCCAGCCUUUUGCAAAUAACUUGGGAAAGUUUUCAGACGUCUCUAACUUACAAACUGAUUUAGAGCCACUAAUGCCCAGAGAGCAAGCAUGCACCAUUUUAGAGGUUUACUUUUCAUGGUACAAAAACAGUUCCUUAAAAAAGGAAAAUUCAUAUGCAAACUAAUUUUGAUAUAGGAAAGCCAAAUUUUGUUGGGGAGAGGAGCAGGUGGAAAAAGUCACUAUGGGGAAAAUUUUCUCCAAAAUUUCCAAAGAGAUGGAAUUUUUUAAUCCUUUAAUUUUGUAUGUUAAACAGAUUUGGUAGAUUGGGUUAGUUGACCUGCCUAGUCUCCCUCGUCAAACAAUUGCCUUUGUAAAGUGAAAUUAUUAGGAGGCAGCAGAAGUAGCACUCACAAAGUCAUUAAUAUUCACAUGUUUCCACUCUGCACUAACCCACAACCUCCUAUUUGGAUUGUCCUGGGACAAAGUAUAAAUUUCUGCUUUGAUCACACCCCAUAUUAUGUGUGUGUCUGGACCCCCAUCGUGCCUCUACAGAUGUUUAUUUGAAUGCCCUUGGGUGUAGGGAGCAGGUAUCCAGGGAGGGGAGUUGGUGAAGUGUACAGGUACCUAUGCAGAGACAUGUGAUGUGUAUCUUGUAUUUCCCCAACACCACCUUUGCUUGUUGUUAAUGACAGCCACCUUCCUGAGAGAACUUUGGAACACCCUCUGGGAUAUUUUUCUAAACCCCCUACCCCAAAAAAGAACAAAAGAUGCUAAUACAUUAUUGCUUGAGGUUUCAUCGGGGGAUGAGCUGGGGCUUUUUCACAGGUGAUUCCACCACCACAGCUCCUGAAAUAAGAGCCAGGCACUUUUGCUGAGAUCAACACACAGAGUUGCUAAACACAGGGUAAAUUUCCUAAAGCUCUAAUCCUUGCUCUGGGCUGGGCUGGGCUGGGCAGAGCCAGCCAGUCAGUGCAUCCUUCCCCCCAGCCCCAAUCCUUGGGUUACAAACGUCAUUUUCAGGGAAUUUCAAGUCAACAACAGGUAGAAUGAAUAAAUACUUGGUGACCAGCCUAAUAAUGUGAAUUGCUACAGAAUUAUUAUGUAAGAAAACAAAAAAAAUUAUGCAGAUACUUUAGCUAUAAAUUGAUGUAAAAUAUUGAUUUUUUUUUUUUAAGGAAAGGGGGAGAACAUUAUCUUUUUCACUUAUUAUGCAAUCAAUGAGCAAAUGUUUUUAAAAUGGUAAGGAGAGAGCAUGGAUGGGCCAGUUUGGUGCAUUUAGAAGAAAUCAGUCUGGUUGUUCCAUCCCAAUGGAAGGAGAGAAAGGAGGUAAGAGGAAUCAGAAUAUACUUAAUUGAUUCCUUGGUGACAAGUGCAAUGGGGUAUGGGUAGAAUUUAUUUUCAGAGCCAAGGGGACUGGAUGGUUAUAAAUAAAAUUGCUUUUAGCGAUGGAAUUUAUAGACAGAUCAUGUUGUUCCAAAAGAUGUGAAUAGGAUCCAUGAUAGUAAGUUGAUUCAGAAUAAUGUAGAUAUUUAGAUUAGCAAGUGUUGAUCAUUUGAUUUCUUAGAAUGAGGUUUUAAUUGAAUUUCAUUAUGUCUCCCGGUAGUACGCAGAACAUCGGGAUUAGGAAUUUAGCCAUUUUGGAUUCUGCCUGCCACAAACAGACCUAUUCUAAACAGUGCUAUUAAAUUUUAGACUGUUGUUCAAAUAUUUUAUUUUCUCCUACAACUACUUUUUAGUACUGAUGAACAAUUAAGACCAUUUAAAACAUGGGAGUACAGGUAUUUUUUUGAAUUAAAUUAACUUGCAAAACCAAAUUUGCAGUGGUUGGGUUGUUUCUAGACAGACUUUGGUAUCAAUUUAAAACCAAGAUAAUUUUUAUAUACUUUCCAAUAGAAUUUCACGACAACUCCUACAGUUUUCUUAACCUACAAAAAAGAAAAAGUGCUGCAAUGAACAAAGAAUUAUACAAAACCUACUUUUGUAUCUUUAUUUUGGAAUUUCUUGUUCUAUUAUAAAUAUGGAAGUAUCCCUAUUUCAGAAGACAUAUUUUGUUAAAAAUGAAUUGUACAUAUUUAAAUAUGUAUUUUUGCACAGGUCUUUUUUUCUGAUAUCCUGUUUUGGUACAAUUGAGAUCAUCUAGUAUUUAUUUAUUAAUUAAUAAAAGUAAAAACCUUUUUAUAAUUUGAAGUGGUUCACUGCCAAGCCAAUAGUUCUAGAACCUGCCUCCUUUACAGUUUAAGGGAUGCCUCUGUUCUGUGAAAGUCUUUUUGUCCCUUUUAAUGUCUCGGGAGUGGAUUCAUACAGAUGAAGUGGGCAUUGCUUCUCCCUAGUUGCCUGAUUUCCCCAUAGACUACAAAUAUCUAAGUGACACACUGCUUUUUUUUUUGUUAGUGUUUUAUGUGUGAGUGUGUGUGCGUGCACGUAUUUCUGUGUGUGUGUGCGCGUGUGUGUGUACCUUGAGCACAUGUGUGUUAUUAGUAUGUGAUGUGAUUUAAAACUAAUGGAAAAAAAAAAAAACUGAAAGUGCCUGAACCUAGUUUUAAGCAUAGACAGACUCUCUUUAAAAUGACUUGAAUGUUCAGUUGAACUUUUGGAGUUUGCUUUUUCCACCUAAAUAUUAUUUCAAAAAUUUUAGAGAAGGCAUUGAAAACCACCAAUGCUGGUAAUUUUACAAGGUAUUUUAAAAUUAAGACAUUUUGGUUCACAAUGACUCAACUGGUGAUGGAUUAUCCAUUGGCACCAAGGGUUCAAAUCUCUGUCAGCCAGCAGCUUACACAAUGUGUCCGUUUUGUUAUUCACUCAUGAACUAUACAGAGUUUAAAAUAGAAUAUUUGAAAUAUUUUGUAUUCCAAAAAUAUAAUGCAAGUACCUCUGAGGAUAUUGGAAAAAUGUAUAAUUUGGAAAAUGUAAUUUAUAAAGGCAGCUGUCUUCCUACAAGAGUUCUGUUGCCAAGGAAUUUCUUAAUAUCUCUCAUGUCCUGCGGGGGAGGGGAACUGGGCUUUGAAAAAUGAUUGUUAAAAGUUUCAUUGUUUAGCAGAAAAUAAUCAUUUUUACAUUUUGUGCAAAACAUUUUACAUUUUCAGAUCAUUUAAAUGAGCACUACAUACUGUCAGUGUGAAUGUAGGGCCUUGAAAGCAUUUUGCUGUUGUUUUGUUUUUGAGCUUGGUUAUAAAAGCAAUCUCCUGUGUUAAAAUGUGUGAAUAGUUUGAUAAUUUGUACACAUAAUCAAGAGCAUCUCAGCUGGACUUGUGUGUUGGCUGCUGUAUAGAACAUGAACAAAUGUCAAGGGAUAGAAAAUUACUUUGGAUAUUUAAAAGAGAAGAAAUAUAUAGUCUAUUUGUUUUGUAACAAGUUUCUGUAAAUAAAAUAAUUUAUACUAUUUAUAAGAAAAAGUUGUGCUUUGCUUUAUGAGAAAUUAGUUUGUUGAACAAACAUGUUGCUAAAUGGGCAAUAAAAUUAGGACUUCUCAAUAAAUAAGGUUGGCUGCAUGAAAUAUUUCACACGUUUCUGCCUCGUGAUACUAAACCCUUUUCAAUCUGGUUGGACUUUUGUUUUUGCCAUCAGAAAUCCUGGUGAAACUUCCUUUAGCUUCCUUUCUUUACAAGUUAAGUACUCCUUUAAGGGUUGAGGAUGUUUCCACUCUUGGGCACAGAGCUUUGCUUUGGAAAACUUAUUCACUGUGUCAGCAGUGGGCACUGCCACAUUCUUGUCCUGCAGGUUUGUGAAGGAAACAAAGGGGAGUUAAUAGAUUAAGAAACACAUCCCCAGUAGGACUUGCUUAUAUGUAAAUUUGAUGGCAUGGAGUCAAUUUUGGUCAGAGGUAAGUUUUUUGUUUUUUGGUUUUUUUUGUUUUGUUUUUUUUUAAUCCAGAGCUGGUCUGAUCUCUUCCUUCCUUUAAAUACCUCCCUUUACGAGUGCAUUUUAGUAGUAGUCAGAGUACAACAUACUCUUAUCUCUAGAAAUCUGGCUAGUUUUGCCAUUUACAAAUAAAUCAUUCUAACAAAUUGCAAAGUGUUUUUUGUUGCCUAAAAUAAAAAGGGAAAC